AUGUCAGGAUAUGACUAUGACUACUACAUGGGCAGCUCGCCCUCAAGCACCAGUACCCAAUCGCGAAUCUGUGCACAACGAGAGAGAUCACUAACUUUUUCUACAGGAAGCAACGAUGACUUGUCGCUCCCUAAAGCCACGGUUCAGAAGAUUGUGAGCGAGAUAUUGCCACCUCAAACAGGUGUUUCGUUCGCAAAGGAGGCUCGCGAUUUACUCAUAGAAUGCUGUGUCGAGUUCAUAACUCUCAUCUCGUCCGAAGCCAAUGAGAUAUCCGAGAAGGAGGCAAAGAAGACCAUCGCCUGCGAUCACAUCACAAAGGCUCUGGAGCGGCUGGGAUUCUCCGACUACGUACCAGCCGUUCUAGAAGCCGCAGCUGAACAUAAGGAAGUUCAAAAGGUUCGCGCAUGUCUCCCACAUCUACAGAUUCACUUCCAGGUACAGCUACGCUAA